CUUGAGGGAUGAACAUACUUGGGCUCGGUAUCAGUGGUUGCUCGUAUAAUGCCGCAAGAUUCGCUGCUUUUCUACGCUGCUACUGCCGUGAGAAAUUUAAAACUUUUAGGUUAUACAUUUGAAACACACAAUGUUCCUAAAGACAGUGCAUCUUUUUUGUCGUUUUUCAAAGUCUGUCGGAAGAUAGAGUUCAUGCACAUGCUUCAUUUUCUAUUCAAAACUCUAGAUCCAUUGCAAUAUGAGGCUUAUGAGCUUAGUUCGCUUGUAGGACCAAAGUCAGAAUUGAAAUUCAAGAAUGCUACCUACCGUUGGCUGCGUAUACUAUCAGUGGAGUUUCCCAAAAUUGUUUCUAAUUUCUUCGCUGUUUGGGGCUUUCCAGCUGGAUUUGGAGUCUUGCGUCUUUUGGCGAAUUUGUCUACUUAUGUCUUAUGUGUUACAAAUAACCUAGCAUCAUAUAGUCAAUACACUGGGACGUCUAAGGAAUCGGUUAAAUUAUGGCAUAAUUUUUUUGUGGACUCAUGUUGCUCUAUCCUUUCUGAGACAGAACUUCAAGACCAACUUAAGGUGCUUUGCUGUACUCUUCAAACUGAAAUUCAGGAUAAAUUAAAAGAAGUUACAGAGUGUAAACAACGAAUUCUGUUGGAUGCCAAUAUACAGAAACGACUAAGUGCCGAGUGUCAUUCUUCUUUCUCUUCUGGUGAAAUCAUCGACCUUCCAGACGAAUUGAUCAAUUAUAAAAUUCAACUAGAACAGAAAGUGGCAUCUCUUAGACAACAACUCACAGAACAUCUCAAAAACCAUGCUCCCUCUUUACUGCUGUUAAGUAAUAUUGUUGAGAAAUUGGAUGAAAAAGAACCAUGUAUUCUAGAUGGUUAUAAGCUGAAAAUUCCAUGCGCUGAUUUAGAAAAUUUGACUAGUAAUGAAAAGGCAGAGUUGAAACAAGAUGAGAAUGGAAAAUUAAAUCUUCGCCUAUUUCUACAUCAUUCAAUUAAACUUUUCCAGUUGGCUGUAAAACAAUAUACUCCGUUGAUUAUCAUGAAUAGUAUAUUGAAUGCGAAUGGAGAAACUCUAUUCAAACAAACUGUUGAUCAGAUCUACUCUCAGGGAUCUGAGUUGAAAAAAUACGCCUAUCAGGCGGCUAAUGGUUCGUCAUCAUCUUCAUCCGAAGUAACUUUACAGUCACCAUCUACAGAUUUAACCCACUUGGACCAGCUUGAUGAGCAUGAUGAUAAGGAACUUGCUCAACUUAUGAAGGAAAUGCAGGAAUCUAUCAAUGGCUUAUAUGCUGAUCUACAAAAUGAAUGGCUUCAAGGAUCCUACAGACAAUUAAAACUUCACCAGAUCAAAAUGAUCGAUUCCAAGUCUCCUCGUUCCUGUAUACGUCCUCGUCAUCAAUCAUCAAAUAAGAAUUCAAACAAUCUCAAGGAUAAAAUUCAUGAAAGUUUUGAUACAUUUCUGGAGAAUUCUCGAGAUGAGUCAAAUGUUGUUAGUGCAUCGACAUCAUCGAUUUCAAUCGGUUUUUCAGACAGUGUUCACAUGAGUCAAAUUCUACCAGGAAAAUCUUUAGACAGGAGUAAUUGUCAAUCAGACUUGCGUAUGAACUCUACUUUCACCUCACCAACGGAAUCUUCAUCAUCCUCAUCAGCAGUGGAUAAUAAUAAUUCAAAUGCUGCAUCAAACAAUGACAUCAGUAUGAAUACUCCUCACUUAAAUGAUGAUAAUGAUAAUAAGAAUAAUAAUACAACUGUGAAUGUGUCCUUAUCUCCUGAAGAAAAUUCAUUCUAUACAACGCCGAAGUGUUUCAACUCUUCUCCCUCUGCUUCUUCGUUGAAACAACAGGAAAUAGAAAAUGAUUUACAAAAGUUAGGCAUAAAUCCAACAGAUGCCAUUCAUUCAAAACCACCCCAACUGUCUUCAUCUUCCCAAAAUAUCCCCAGUAUAAGUGAAGAAACCUUGAAAUUUUCGUUCCCCAUCACUAAACCGUCGUCUUCGAAUCAAUCAAAUGAAAGAAGCAAUUGUGUUUUAAAAGACUUGUCUAAUGUAUCAAAUUGCCAGUUGUUAUCUGUCUCUCAAGAAAUAUCGGGAAAAUUUUCACCUAAUCAAUUAAAAACUAGUUUUAAUCUAAUGGAUGACGAUUUAGACUUUGUCAAUGAACUCCUUCCAUCAUCUCCAAAUUAA